AUGGAGCAAAACGCCUCACCCGGCCUUCCUUCCCCCGGUCCUCCCGCCGUUCUUACUGUUCCAGCCCUUCAGGCGGUUUCAGUGAAAAUUCCACCAUUCUGCCCAGCCGACCCGGCGCUUUGGUUCGUCAACAUUGAAGUCCAGUUUUCCUUGCGGGGUGUCACUGUACAGCUAGCCAGGUACUAUCAUGUGGUCGGCGCGCUCGGGCCUAGCGAAGCGGCAGACGUUAGAGACAUCAUCACGUGCCCUCCCACCGAAAACCCUUAUGACGCUCUUAAGUCGGCGUUAACCAGAAGAACCACGGCUUCCGAACAAGAACGGCUGCGUCAACUCUUCACAGCGGAGGUCCUCGGGGAUCGUAAACAAUCACGUCUUCGACGCAUGCUGCAGCUUCUGAGUGAGAGAGCAACGGCGCUCGACGAUUCCACCCUGCGCGAGCUGUUUCUUCAGCGUCUCCCCAGCACGGUUCGCAUGAUCCUUACGACCUCCGGCAGCCCUGGCCGAGAUGGCUGA